AUGGGCAACACAGUUCCGUAUAGCUGCUACGAGAGAUGGGGAAAGAGGACGCCAGAUGGUCCCCUCAUUAAUUAUGAUCCCCAGAUAACGAAUAAUGGCCCUUUGGCCAACCUGCUAGAAAAUUUCAACUAUGACUUAAAUGAAGAAACGCACUACGCUGGUGCGAAAAAGGACAACGACGGAGCUAAUGAAGGAUGGUACAAAAAUGAGAAUAAUAAUAGUUAUAGUAAUAAUAGUUAUCAUAAUAAAAGUAAUUACAAUAAUAAUACAAACCUAUAUGGAAAUAAUAAAGAUAGUAGUAACAAUAAUAAUAUAAAUCCAAAAGUCAUCCGGAAUGCAAGGAGAAGACCUACAUAUUCUCCUACCGCUAGAAAAAUAAACAUCGAAACAGAAGAUGAAGAGGAUGAUGACAAAUUAUCUACUGAUAAGUCUGAUGAAAAUAUAUCAGCUAAAGAUAUAAAAGACGAAAAAAUAAAACAAUAUAGAAAAACUUUAACUAAAAUUAUAAAAAUAAAAACUGCAAUAUUUCAUGAAACAGUUAAAGUCACUUGUUCGAAAGAUGGGAAAAUGCUCGAAUGGUAUAAAGGAAAAGCAGAUGAAGAUGGGAGAAAAAAACCUAUUGGAUCAUUUCCUUUAAACAAAAUAACAUCCAUUAGAACAAAAGUAGACAAUCUCAAGUCUUUAGAAAUAGCUGUAAGUAGUGUUAAUAUAAGCACUUAUUUAUUUUUCUUCAAAACAAGGGAAGAAAGGGAGAGUUGGCAAAACGACUUGGAAUCGUUUAGAAAAAUUAUGAGUAUGAAAUAA